UUUUAAAAACUGCCAGAUACCAAAGUAAAGAUAAAUACGAUCUGUCAUGUGAGAUAACAAAACUCAAGAUAGCGAUCGUGUUAUUUACAUGUUUUGAGCGAAUCAAUGCGAAAGCGAUACAUUUUCGAAUUCAGUCAACAGGAUACAGGAUCAAAGUUCUUAAAACGUCAUUUCUAUUAUGACAUUGCAAACAUGAUUAUUUGAACAAUACAUAUCGCAAUUGUUAUUGACGCUCCUCAAAAGUUUUAUAAUAUGCCACUAAAAAGGAUUAAGGUAUUGGAACUUGCGGGUUUAGCUCCAGCCCCCUUUUGUGGUAUGUUACUCGCGGAUUAUGGUGCUUCGGUCAUCAAAGUUGAGAAGACUGGAUCGAUCGGCGGAUAUCCUGAUGUUCUCGGACACGGGAAAAAAUCCAUUGCACUGAAUUUGAAGACCCGCAGCGGUGUAGAGGUUUUCAAGAAGUUGAGCGAUCGAAGUGAUGUCAUCAUCGAUCCAUUCAGAAGAGGUGUCAUGGAAAAAUUGAAUUUGGGCCCACAGGACUUAAUGGCUAGAAACAAGAGUUUGAUUUAUGCAAGAUUGACAGGAUUCGGACAAGAAGGACCUUAUGCCGAUAUGGCUGGACAUGAUAUUAAUUUUUUGAGCUUAUCAGGAUUAUUAUCGUUAUUUGGAAGACAAGGUGAAAAACCAACACCACCUGUGAAUUUAGCUGCUGAUUUUGGUGGUGGUGGAUUGAUGUGUGCCUUUGCGAUUGUUAUGGCCCUUUACGAGCGCUCGCAGAGUCAGCUGGGUCAAGUGAUUGAUUUAUCAAUGACGGAAGGUGCUGCUUAUUUGGGUACUUGGUUGUUUCGAUCGCAGAAAGUGCCAGGGCUCUGGGGGAACCCGAGAGGAAAAAACAUACUAGACACAGGAGCUCACUUCUACGACACGUACGAGACCGAAGAUGGAAAGUACAUGGCAAUCGGGGCAUUAGAGCCACAAUUUUACAACCUUCUGCUAGAAAAGCUUGGUGUUUCGGACGACGAAAUUCCGCAAUAUUCCGAAUUCGAGAAAAAUCGGGAGAAGCUUGCUGCUCUGUUUAAAAAGAAAACCAAAAAAGAAUGGAGUGCGAUAUUUCAUGGUACCGAUGCGUGUGUUACACCAGUUCUGUCAUUGAAGGAUGCAUCGGCUAAUAUACAUAACAGAGCGAGGGAGAGUUUCACUUUCUCUAUCGAUGGUACAACGACUCCAAAUCCUGCAGCGCGUUUGUCUCGAACACCUGGCUCUUCUAUGGCGCACAAUAUCAAUCCAAUGCCAGGCGAACACUCUCGAGAAAUCUUAACCGAGUUUGGGUUCAGUGCCAAGGACAUUGACGAUACUAUCGCCUCUGGUGUCGUAGAACAAGCGAAAAAACGAGCCAAACUUUAAUUCUCAUAGAAUAAUCAAGUCGAAUGUCGUGAAAACGAAAGUCAGUAAUCCAGAAGAUACAGAUUUACAGAUUUGACAAGUCCAACGUUGAAUAGUUUUGAUAGAGCUCUGGAGAGUGCAAUACUUUUUAGAAAUCCAGUCUUCCCGGUGAGCUUAUGCGAUUAAUAGAGGCUUUAUUUCCGUUCUAAUGCAAAAGCUCGUACACAAAUGGAACUAGAGACUGUAUGAAAAUGGCUGAAGGAAACUUCAAUUCAAUCGAGAAUAGAGUUUCGUUCCAUAUUGUAAAAAAUAAGCAAUUUUUGUUUAUUUCUAAUUUACACUUGCCUGACGAACGAAUUAAAAGAUUUACGAUUGCAUUUUUUAGCAUUUAUUGGAUAAAAUAUUCAAUAACAGAGAUCAAAGAUUUAAAAGGUUGUUGCUUCAUACAAUAUUUACAAAAUAUAGUACGCAAGUAAUUUGAUAGAAGUUUUAUGAGAGUUCAUAAAUUUUAUUUAAAAAAUGAUUGACGUAUCGCAAUCAACAAGGAUUUUUUCAUGGUUGAUGUAAUUGUAAUGCAAUUUUUAUAGAAUAUAUUGUAUCUUGAAUAAAGAUUUAUAUUAUUGUUAUAGAGAA